AUGGGUGGCUCGUCAACGGGUGGUAUCAUCGCCAUUCUGUUAGGAAGACUUCGUCUGCCGGUUAGCAGAUGCUUACAACUAUAUGAGCAGUUAUCAAAGGAUAUUUUUGGAAAUGAGCAAAGCUGGAGUUUACGUGGGAUAUUAAGAUCACGAUACGACUCCAAAGUCCUCGAAGCAGUGGUGAAGGUUACCGUCCAAAAGUAUGAAACGCACGGAGAUCCGGAAGCCUUCCUUCGUGGUACCAAUCUUAAUAAUCAGAAACCAUGCUACGUGUUUGUCACGACAUCAAAGGAGGGUCAGCCUGAACGAAAUCAGCCGGUUUUGCUAAGAUCCUACAAACCUAAAAAAGGUGACCCCGGGAUCACUUGCAAGAUUUGGGAAGCUACUCGAGCGACGUCGGCUGCGCCCAAAUUCUUUGACCCAAUGCCACUUACGGAUGACGACAAUAACAGAGCGUUGUAUGUUGAUGGCGGUGUUGGAUGCAACAAUCCUUGCAAUCAAGUUCUCAGUGAAGCACUGGACCUAUUCGACAAUCAACAAAUUGGGUGUCUCGUCAGCCUUGGCACUGGUCUACCCAGAGUCUUAGAGCAUCCUGAGGCUGGCGGUAUUUUGGACUAUAUCAACCCAAUGAGAAUCAUAACAAAUGGUUGGGACUAUGUGGAGCUCCUCAUACGUGUCGCAACGGACU